UGUAGGUCCAGCAAACCGGAACCCCAACCCGCCCUGCCUUGAUUAUUGACACUCGUUUUGGGGAAAUUCUAGGAGAUACACGUCAGUGUGGCUCUGAUCUCCCUUACGGUGACGGUGUACAUGGCCGUUCAGGGCGUUGCACCAUCGCUCUGGGGCCCCCUGAGUGACACGCACGGGCGCAGGAUCACCUUCCUGAGCACGUUCGCCGUGUAUCUCGUCGCCACGAUCUGCCUGGCAUUUAGCAAAAGCCUGGCUGGCUUGAUGGUCUUUAGAGCUCUCCAGGCGGCUGGAAGUGCUGCCACCAUCUCGGUUGGUGCGUAUAGCAAAGCUGUCCCUCAACCCUCACCGUCUGCAGCUAGACUAACUCCUUGCUCGUGGCAUGGCAGGUGCUGGUGUCAUUGGGGAUAUCACGACGGCCAAGGAACGCGGUGGAUUUAUGGGAAGCUUUGGCGGCAGUGAGUGAUGAUAACCCCUCAAUGCCCGCCGGGGGGGGCUUAGUU